AUGUCGCCAUCCCCUCUCAACCAUGGACCUGAAUUUGCUCGCUCGCUGCCCGAGCUUGACUUUAGCGGCAUCUCAUAUGCACUCUCUCCGGCGAAUCAACCGCCGCCGACCCCGCGCUAUGCCGUCCUCUCCUGGGAGGACGCACUGGCGUCCCAUUUCCACGGGUGGGAUCCACGGAUAUACUCGGAUCCGCUCGUGUGCACCCCAGCAGGCCUCGAGCCCUUCUUCGCCAACGAGUUCUACGACCCGAGCCUCGCGGCCUUCCCUCCGAUGCACGCGGAGGGGCCGUCAGCGGAGUGGCCGGCGGCCCAUGAACGACAGGCGAAGGCGGAGGAGCUGCCGCCGCCCGGCACACACUCCUCGGCGAGCGUGCUUCUGCACCAGCCGUUCCCGCACCACCAGAACGACGGCUCGUGGUUCGCGAGUCGCGGCGGGACGCCGGUCGGUAACCACUCGUUCGGCGUCGAGCUCUACUCCUCCGCGCCGUCCUCCCCGACGCCCGUGGACGCGGGCACCGCGACGCCGACGCCCCGCACACGCCCGGCCAUAGCCCUCGACCCGACGCAGCCCCUGCGGGUGGACGGGAAGCCGCGCGAGCGCGUCUACGCCGCAUGCGAACGAUGCCGCGUACGAAAGCUGCGGUGCGACGGCGCCCAGCCGACGUGCUACAACUGCAACAAAGCGAAGGACAAGGGCGUGAAGUGCGUGUACCCGGUGAGCCCCCCGAAGCGGCGGGGCGCGGACAAGGGACAGCGGAUCCGGUCGCCCAUCGGUCAGCGGCAACGGCGGAAGGGCGUGGUGGGGGGUACGGGGAAACGCAGGGAGCGCGGGUGCGACGUCGGUGCGUCGGGGGACUCCGCCACCGAAGGGUCGAGCUCGGUGCCCGGCACUCCCGACGAUUAG